CUUGCCGCUAGUCGCUACCACCUAGUGAGGCGUCGAGGAUACAUUAUUGCCGCGACCUUUUCGGCUAUUUCUCUCUUAAACGUUGUUCAUGGUGGCACUCCUACCGACUUCAUCCACAGCCUAUCUUCUACUGAAGACUCCAAAGAUGAUGAUAGGCAAUGGAAUUGGACUCAAUUACAAUCCUUGUUUUAUAUCCGCAAAUGGGAACCCUUCAUAUUCUUCGUCGUCUUCCCUGCCUUUUUCUGGUACGAAUAUCUCCGUUGGGCGAAGAAAAUCAGUUUCAGUGAUUGUGGGGGCCAGUAAGAGAGACAAGAAAGAAGAUAGCCACAGCUUUAUACCAAAACCCGACGAGGCCACUGGGUUUUUCCCUGAAGCUGUUCUGCUUAAAGAGAAGAAAGUUGAGGAAGAUGGGAAGGUUCUCCCAGAGUUUGCAGAUGCUGAAGAAAGACAGCUCUACGAAUCUCUGAUGCUUGAGCUGGAAAGUGACCUGGAUGUAGAUCAAAUGCGCCACUAUGAGAUUGUUUAUUUAAUUCACGAGAAGCAUGAAGAAGAGGUUGCUGCUGUCAAUGAGAAAAUUCAAGACUUUCUAAGGGAGAAGAAAGGCCGAGUGUGGAGGUUCAGUGAUUGGGGGAUGAGACAACUAGCUUACAAGAUAAAGAAAGCUGAUAGAGCACAUUACAUUUUGAUGAACUUUGAGGUUGAUGCCAAAUACAUCAAUGAGUUCAAGAGUCUAUUGGACAAAGAUGAACGAGUCAUCCGGCAUCUCGUGGUAAAGAGAGACGAGGCUAUCACGGAAGAUUGCCCUCCUCCUCCUGAAUUUCACACUCUGCGUGCAAAUAUCGAUGAUGAGUACGACGAUGAAGGAGAAAUUGAUGCAGAAUAUGAUGGUGAUUGGGAUGAGGAAGAAGAGAUGGAUGGUAAUGAUGGAGACAAUAUUAUCUACAUAGACGGAGAUGGAGACGGAGAUAGAGAUGGAGAUGUUAGUGGUGGGAGUGGGGAAUCUACAGAUGAUGCAUUAACCUACAUAAGACAGCCAGAAAUAAGAAGAUUGAGAGCUGAGAAAGCAAGGAGAUAGGCAGUGGGUAAAAUGUGAUCUUGCUUUUAAUAAAUGCAGAGAGAUGUUAUGCAUUGUGACUUUGGAUGUAAAGACUGAAGUAAUUAAGAUGAGCUUUGUGCUGUUCAACCAAAGCUUACAAGCAUGAGUUGCACGUAUGAACGACACGAACGGGUAGUUGUGUUUUCGUCUA